AUGUCUGUGUUCAAGGAAGUGUUUAAUCACCUUGUCCUACCGCCACAGCUUCCUGGCAAACAGGAUGCCAACAUCGAAAGCACUGGUGAUGCCAUUGUUGUCCGAGUCGUUCAUGCUACGGAUACGCUGAGCCGACUCUCUGGCCACGAACACACAUCUCCCUGGCUCGAGAAGCUGUCGCUGACCUCGAAACUUCGCAAACUUGACCAGGAGCAACCGCUUAUCUUGCAUGUCGCAGAACAGAACGCUGCGCUUAUCGUUCGUUACCAUGUCAGAUAUUGCAACAGUGCCCCAACAGAAGCUGUCGUAUUCGAAGCUUUCGAGAUAUCGCCCCCAUCUGCCGAAGUCUUGGCUAGCGAAGGCGCCCUUGUCUGCGAUUUCCCAGACUGCUCGGCCCAGAUACCACUCCAUGAAUUUCAGAAGCCGUCGUUCCAGCACGCGCUAGCUGAAUUUCUGGAAAAGGGCAGCAUGGAGUCCUUGAGAUGCUUCCAGGCGUUCGCGACAAAAUCGCAGACUCCGGUCGUCGAGUCGCGAGAUACAGGAAGUCCGGGGCUCAUAACACACCUUCUCAUACCCUUGCUCGAGUCCAUCGGGCCCUCGGUAGACGAAAGUGUUCCUCGCUUGAGGAAACGAGUCCGUGACGAUGCCAAUAUAGAGACCGCAGAACUGCCGUGGCGAAGAUUGCCUCUCUGGAUGGCAAUACGCGUAGGUAUCCAGAGACAGCUACAGCUCUCGCUAGGAAGCGAGGCUGGAAGAGUUUACUACAAGUUCUUGAUCAUCACUGUGCUUGUUGAGCUUCUGCGCGACUGCCCCGGAGAACUGGCACCUGAGUUGACGUUGAUGCUGCGAGCCAAGGUCUGUCGUCGCCUCGCAAAACUUGAGCAACAGAAGGACAGGUCAUUGGAAGUGCACAGCCAGCUCUCGGACGCUACUGCAGCUUUCUUCGAGGAGAGCGUCAAGCAAGUCACCCAGCUG